AACUUUGGUUGCUCGGUAGGAACCAAAAUCUGAAUGUAUUGGUUUCUAAUCGGAGUCUUUUCACGGGAACAGAAGCGGAACAAGUUAGAAAGCAGGUGGUUUGUCCUUCGGCAGGUGGUAAACAGUGCUAACCAUGAUCUGUGUGCAGUCAGGGGUGUAUAUUGGAGGUGCCAGUGACCUUACAGACUGCCAGUAUUUGACAGAUGCUGCCAUCACUCACAUUCUCACAGUAGAUUCCGAGGAACCUGAAGUCCAGGGUUCUUUUCAAAGGAAAUUUAUUUAUGCCCUGGAUGAAUCUAGCAGUGAUCUGCUUAGCAUUCUGGAUGACUGUGUUCAGUUCAUCACAGAAGCGCUGACAACAACUCCAGCUGCAGUUCUCGUACACUGUCAUGCAGGGGUGAGUCGAAGUGCUGCUGUGGUGACUGCGUUCAUGAUGAAGACACACAGUUUGACCCUGAGUGAUGCAUAUGCUAAACUGCAGAACAUCAAACCUGAUGUCAAAAUUAUUGAAGAGUUUCUUGACCAGUUAGAACUAUACGAGACAAUGGGCUGCAAGGUGGAUGAAACAAGUCCUGUAUACAAGCAGUACAGACUACGAAAAGUCACAGAGAAAUACCCAGAACUUAAGAACCUUCCAAGGGAAGUAUUUGCAGCUGACCCGACCUCCCUUGGACAGACACAGAGCAGUGAAGCCAUCUGCAGGUGCAGGAAGUGCAGACGCUCUCUGUUUCGCAGUUCUAGCAUUCUGAGCCAUACUUCAGGAACUGGACCAGCAGCCUUUGCUCACAAAAAAUUCUCCCAUCUAACAGCUGUGGGUGGGGAUCAGUCCCAGUGUACAUCACACUUCAUUGAACCUGUGCAGUGGAUGGAGCGAGCACUGCUGGGAGUUAUGGAUGGGCAGCUCCUGUGCCCUAAAUGCAGCUCGAAACUGGGUUCUUUCAACUGGUUUGGAGAGCAGUGUUCAUGUGGGCAGUGGGUGACGCCUGCUUUCCAGAUUCACAAGAACAGAGUGGAUGAGAUCAAACGCCUUCAGAUACCUGGACUGAGACCGGGGAACAGUUAACAGGACAGAUCUUGUUCUCAUUAAGAUGCUGAUUCAGAACAAAUACAUGCACAGGUUCAAAUGAAUAUUAAAAUGAACUGCUCAUGACCACUUCUUCUCAGUUAAAUAAUGUGUACCAGUAAAUGCAGAACCACAAUUACAUUGCCUUUUAUUUACAGCAUUCCAGACUUUUUUAUUGGCUGGACUCAGUAAAAAUAAAAAAAUCUUUUUUUUUG